AUGACCGAUAAACCGGGGAUGACGACUGGUGGCGGAGAUGAUGCGGGUAGCAUCAUGGCGUUGCUGGAACGCGUGGCGGGCCUCAUGGACAGCGUCCAGGUCACACAGCAGCGCAUGGAGGAGCGUCAGCUUGAGCUGGAGAGCACGGUCAAAACCAUCCAGGCCGAUGUUGUCAAACUGACCAAUGAGCACGCCAACACCAGCUCUACCGUCGACCGGCUGCUGGAGAAAACACGGAAGGUCAGCCGGCACAUCAAGGAUGUCAGGGUGCGUGUGGAGAACCAGAACAUCAGGGUCAAGAAGGUGGAGGCCACUCAGGGCGACCUCCUCGCCAAGAACAAGUUCAGGGUGGUCAUUUAUCAGGGUGACCAGGAGGUGAAAUCCGUCGCCCCGGGAAACGAGCCAGAGGAGCCCAGCAGCAGCGGGGCCCGGGCCAGAGCCGAGGUGGAGCCCGACAAGUUCGAGCUCCCUCCAGAGUCGGACGAGGAGUACAUGGUGGUGGAGGAGGCUGACUCCUCGGCAGCCAGCCGCAUAAAGAAGACGGGGCUGACGCGCAUCGAGAGCUUCAAAGCCACCUUCUCCAAGGAGAACAUGAGCAAGACCCGCGAGAACCUGGGCACCAAGGUGAACAAACUCGGCGAGCGCAUCGUGACGGCCGAGAGGCGCGAGAAGAUCCGCCAGUCCGGCGAAAGGCUCAAGCAGUCGGGAGAGAAGCUGAAGGACACCAUCACCAAGAGUGUCCCAGCCAAGCUCAACCUGAAGAAGGAGAGGACUGUGGCAGAGGGCCAGGAGGGAGCCGAGGGCGUCACGGAAGGAGCUCUGCCCGUCCCUCCUCCCAAGGGCCGCAAGAGCAGCCCUCACGCCGCCAGGCCGGCCGAAGACGAGGGCAGAGCGGAGGGAUCUGAGGUGCCGAUGUACGACAUGAAGCAGCUGUCCUAA